ACUUUGAAACAGCAGUGAGUCAGUGUGAGUCUCAGAGAGAGCUGUGAAAGAGCGCGUGGGAAGCCCAGCCCACGGUCACUUCACCGCGACACACGCCGAACAGGUGCUCCAGUCCCACCUGAGCAGCACAACAUGAGGAUUCAUCCCGCUUCUUACCUGGACGGAUACAAUGCUGCCGUGGCUUAACGUUACUGAGUUUUCCUGAAGAGUUCAACACUUCUCUCGCUUCCCUGUGGAGGAGUCUCUGGGAAUAUCGGGCGAAUAUGAAAGUGACAGUGUGUUUCGGAAGGACGCGGGUGGUCGUUCCCUGUGGGGAUGGGAAUAUCCAAAUACACAGUCUUAUUCAGCAAGCCACAAUGAGAUAUAAAAAAGCCAUAGCCAAGGACCCAGGCUACUGGAUACAGGUGAAUCGGUUAGAACAUGGAGACGGAGGCAUUUUGGACCUGGAUGACGUGCUGUGUGAUGUGGCCGACGACAAAGACAGGCUGGUGGCAGUGUACGAGGAGCAGGACCCUCAUCAUGGCGGAGAUGGCACCAGCGCGAGCUCCACAGGCACCCAGAGUCCAGAGCUCUUCAGCACGGGUGAGCUCAACUCCAGCAACCUGUCAGCCUUCCAGCCCUACCAGACCAGCAGUGAGAUCGAGGUCACCCCAUCGGCCCUCAGGACCAACAUGCCCUUGCAUGUACGCCGCAGCAGUGAUCCAGCUCUGGCUGGCCUGCCUGAAGCCCAGCUGCAGCCAGAGGAACCGUCUCGUAAGAACCCCACACGAUGGUCCACCACAGCAGGCUUUCUGAAAGCCAACAACACCAGCGCAACCAACAGCCUAGAGCGAAAGGGUAAGGAUCUGGAAGCUUAUCGCAGCCUGCCUCGUGAUGUUGUCCCCUGGGCCACCCAGUUUCAGAGAGAAAACGCUCGCUCCUCCCUCAGUGCCAGCCAUCCCAUGGUGGACCGAUGGCUUGAGCGUCAAGAGCAGGAAGAAGAAGAAGAAGACGACGAGGAGAGAGCAGACAACGGGAGGAACGGCAGGAUAGAGCCGGUGGGAAGGGCAGACUCCUGUGUGGAAUCAGCUUCACUCGAUGAAAUGUUGAAGCCGGUUGAGGUGUCCAAUGGCGGUGGGCCGCUAGGAAUCCACGUGGUGCCUUUCAGUGCCAGAGACAGAAGGACGCUGGGCUUGUUAGUGAAGAGGCUGGAGAUGGGCGGGAAGGCGGAGCGGGAGGCUCUGUUCCAGGAGAACGACUGUAUCGUCCGGAUUAAUAACGCAGACCUGCGCAACAUCCGAUUCGAACAGGCCCAGAAUUUGUUCAGACAGGCUAUGCGUUCUCCACUCAUCCUGUUCCAUGUGGUUCCAGCGGUGAAGAAAGCUCAAUACGAGCUGCUGUCUCAGAACGAGCUGGGUCUUCAGGCCACUCCGGGCCCCGGGGACAGGGCCAGUCUGGUGGGAGGAGGUGUGGACUACGGCCCGCGGAGAAUGUCCAAAGCCAAAUCCACCCUGGGCUAUCCUACAUUACCACACAUAGCAAACCCAUCAAACAAGACCCCACCGGGCCCCAUCCAGCCCUCCAGACCCACCAGUGCCGCCUCCUCUGUGGGCUACUCUAAAAAGAUCGGCCGCAAGUUCAGCGUCCAGCUGAGGAAAGGUCCGGAGGGCUUGGGUUUCAGCAUCACCUCCAGAGACGUCCCGAUUGGUGCUUCCGCCCCCAUAUAUGUGAAGAACAUCCUCCCGCAUGGAGCCGCCAUCCAGGACGGCCGUCUGAAGGCCGGAGACCGGCUGCUCGAGGUUAACGGAGUGGAUCUGAAUGGUAAGACUCAGGAGGAGGUUGUGGCUCUGUUGCGCUCGACUCCCAUGGGAGGCACUGUAGGUCUUCUCAUCGUCAGACAAGAGGACACUUUCCUGCCCCGCGAAGUGAAAGAACAAGAUGACUUAAUUUUGACCUCGGAUGGAACGCGGGAGUUUAUGACGUUUGAAAUCCCUCUCAGUGACUCGGGAUCGGCUGGGUUAGGGGUCAGCGUCAAGGGCAAUAGAUCUAAAGAGAGCCACGCUGACCUGGGCAUUUUCGUCAAGUCUAUAAUCACUGGAGGAGCCGCCUGCAAGGAUGGGCGGCUGAGGAUAAAUGACCAGCUGAUAGCGGUUAAUGGAGAGUCUCUACUGGAGAAAACCAAUCAGGAAGCAAUGGAGGCCCUCCGCAAAUCCAUGUCCAUCGAGGGCAACAAGAGAGGCAUGAUUCAGCUGAUCGUGGCCCGGCGGGUCGCAGGGAGGGGAGAGCAGGCUCCAGGUAGCCCACCUGUGCCUCUGAACUCUCCACGAGACGAACAUGAGCGACGGAUCUCUCAGUCGCUGUAUCCCAGAGAGAGCCUGGAUGACAACCACACCCCACGACCCACCAUGAUGGGUAGAAUGAUGGGUCACUACCAGCUGUCCCCCACUGUGAACAUGCCCCAGGACGACACCGUCAUCAUUGAAGAUGAUAGGCCACCUGUUCUUCCUGCCCGCUUGUCUGACCAAUCAUCAUCCAGCUCCCACGAUGACAUGGGAUUUGUGACAGAAAUGCCAGGAUCCUGGCCCAAAGAUGUCCAGAUACAGGACGAAAGCACACUCCGUCCAGACGCAGAUAUGGAUGGUGUGUUUCAGAGGGAAGGCUUCGGCCGGCAGAGCAUGUCAGAAAAGCGGACCAAACAGUACAGCGAUGCCGCUCAACUGGAGAUCAUCACGAGUCGCAAGUCGAAGAGUAUGGACCUAGUAGCCGACGAGUUUAACCUCACUCCCUGCACAGAGAGGACAGAAGGCAACUCCACACGAGAUUUGGGACCGUCGUUGGGUUUGAAGAAGUCGAGUUCCUUGGAGAGCCUCCAGACAGCUGUUGCCGAGGCGACACUCAACGGAGAUGUCUCGUUCCACAGGCCACGCCCCAGAAUCAUCAGGGGCCGGGGCUGCAACGAGAGCUUCCGGGCGGCCAUCGACAAGUCUUACGACAAGCCAGGUGUGACCAUAGUCAACCCCGAUGAAGAUGACGAGGGGAUGGAGACGUUGGAAGAAGAUACAGAGGAGAGCUCACGAUCAGGCCGCGACUCCAUUUCCACGGCCACGGACCUCACCCUCCCACCCUCCAACACAGAGAAACAGCUGAACGGAGGACGCACCAAAGAGGACAAGAAGAAGGAGCGAGGAGGGAAGGACAAGAAAGACAAGAGCAAAGCCAAGAAAGGCGUGCUGAAGGGCCUGGGCGACAUGUUCAGGUUCAGCAAAAACCGCAAAGACGAGAGGCAAGGGGACAAGAUGGAGCGGAAGGGGUCCAGCAAGAGCAAGAUGAAGGAAGAUCAGGCCACUGAGGAGGAGACGCAGAGAAUGAGGCUGGAGCAGGAGAGAAUUCAAGCGAAGACCAGGGAGCUCCGAGAGCGACAGGCCAGAGAGCGAGACUACGCUGAGAUCCAGGACUUCAACCGCACCUUCAGCUCCGACGAGGAGCACACCUACGCCGGGAUCGGCUCUCUGGACUCGUCCCUGGACAGCAGCUUAGACCUGAGCCAUAACCCCGGUCUAGAGCGUCCGCAGAGCCCCCGAGACCAGGCAUUGCCCUUAGAGGCUCUCUAUGCACAGGUCAACAAGCCCCGCAACGGACGCCCACCAUCUGCAGACAGCAACCGUCUGGCACCCAGCAACCAUGACCGGAUACAGCGUCUACGACAAGAGUUCCAGCAGGCCAAGCAGGAGGAGGAACCUGAUGACCGCCGUCGAUCCUACAGCUUUCAACAACAACAGAGGAACAACACGGGUUCUUAUACACCGACGGGGCGGCACUCGGUUUCUGUGGAGGAGCAAAUGCAGAAACAGAGAGAGGACAGAGACUCUUUCACACAAGCCCAGAGGCAGUACAACUCCUUACCGCGACAACCACGUAAAAACCCUAGCACCGUGUCUCAAGACUCUUGGGAUAAAGUCUAUCCUCCUGGCGAGGUCUUUCAGUCCACCAAAGAGAACCCACACUAUUCCAGCUACCAGGGAUCCCGCACUGCCAAUGGCUACCUGGGCGCCGCCGCCACGGGCUUGAACGCUCGCGUCCUCCUGGAGACCCAAGAGCUCCUGAGACAGGAACAGAGACGAAAGGAGCAAGAGGCUAAAACCAAGCUACCUACUAUGGAGGAGACACCAACCUCAAGCAAAACCCCUGUUCUUGCUCCACCCAAAGGCCCCUACCGACAAGACGUGCCACCCUCGCCCACCCAACUCGCCCGGCUCAACCGUCUACAGACCCCUGAGAAGGGCCGCCCCUUCUACUCCUGAGACGAGAGAUCAAAACUGUAGGAAAAACUGUAUGACAGCAAUAAUAUUGAAUGGAGAGAGACAGGGCUAUAACAUGGAGACUGCAUAGAGGAUUGGUUUUAGAGGUUUUUCUGAGGGUUGCCAAGUUGUUGUUUUUGUACUCUAGUAUGGAAUCUUUGUACACACUGAAGAUCUUUGUCAACUAUCCAUCUCCUAUUCUUACUUUUGACAAUUGUGUAUGUGUUUGUUUAAUUCAUUGACGUUAUGGCACUAGGUAUACUUGACAAUCACAUGACAGUCGCCUGAGGUUUUGAUACAUGGUUGUUUCCAUCAUAUUGUGACCUACAUACCUUGUUUUUGUCAAGUGAGCUGAGAAAAACAAGUAGGUGGGUGAAUUUCACUACACCUGCCAGAAACAUGUCUAGGUCAUAUUUCACCACAAAAUCAAAAGAAAAAAUGCAAUAUUUAGCUAUAAAACGAUGCUUGGUUCUAGGUCUAUAAAGAUUUUUUUUCUUUUCCGUUGUGGCAUUUUCAUCAC